UUAAACUUAUGUACAUAUACCUAAAUAUAGUCUUGACUUUCUUUCAUACACAUAUAUUAAAAUUUUAAAAUAUACAACCACUUCACUUGUUUUAAAGUUUACUUUUUUAAUCGAUCAGGAACUAAUGAGACAUUCGAAAAACAGUUUCAUUUGCCAGGGACUUUCCAGUUUAAGAUUAGAGUGCAGGGAGGGUGUGGCAACAUGUACGUGUUUCACAUUUCAUAUACUUUAAUAAAAAAUGAAUUUAAAAGGAGAAAAGGGGAAAUCAAAAUAUCCUCAGUACUCUCUAAAGUUCUUCUCCUAUUGAGAUGAAAAUAUUCUCUUUUCUAUCAGGCCUGCGAUAUGAAAACUACAUGUAUCACAAUCUUGUUUUGGCCCCUCUCUCUGCUAUUAUUAUCAGACGAAAGCCAGUCUUCUCAAACAGAAGUCAAAUGUAAUUUCACUGAAAAGAAUUAUUCUUUGAUUCCAGCAGAUAUCAAUAAAAAUGUCACUAUACUUGAUCUCAGUUAUAACCAAAUUACUUUGAAUAUUACAGACACCAGGGUUCUACAAACAUAUUUUUUACUCACUGAACUCUAUUUGACUGAGAACAAUGUCACUAUGUUAUAUAAUAAUGGCUUUGGUAACCUCUCCAAUCUAGAAAUUUUAAAUAUCUGUAGAAACUCCAUCCACAUAAUUCAACAGGGUGCAUUCAUGGGCUUAAAUAAACUAAAACAGUUACAUCUCUGCCAAAACAAAAUAUUUCAACUGAAUCCUGAUGUAUUUGUGCCUCUAAAAAACCUGAUACUUCUGAAUCUGCAAGGCAAUUUCAUAAGCUAUUUUGAUGUACCACAACUGUUUCAUCUGGAAUUAAUAAUUUUAUAUGGAAAUCCAUGGAACUGCUCUUGCAGUCUACUGAAUUUGCAGAACUGGUUGAACACAUCAAAUGUGACACUAGAAAAUGAGAACAUCACCACGUGCACCUACCCAGAUAUCCUGAUGUACUACAGUAUCAAAACAGUACCUUAUAAUGCUGAGUGCUACUCAACAUUUCCUCCACCUAUAAAUGAAGAUCUUUAUAACCACUUUCAGUCCAUUAACAACUCAACAUUUAAUAGCUCUUUGAACAACUUAAAAAACUCAGAACAUAAACUUCUUGGAAAAAGCUGGGCUUUUCUUGUUGGUGUGGUAGUCACUGUACUGAUGACUUCAUUCCUCAUAUUUGUUGCUAUCAAAUGCCCAAUAUGGUAUAAUAUACUGCUUAGUUACAAUCAUCAUCGCCUGGAAGAGCAUGAAGCAGAAACCUAUGAAGAUGCUUUUACUGGAAAUUCAAGUUCUCCUUCACAGGCCCCAGAUACAAACUCUGAAGAAACUACAGUAAUAUUUGAACAACUACAUUCAUUUGUGAUAGAUGACGAUGGGUUUAUUGAAGACAAAUACAUAGAUACACAUGAAUUACGUGAAGAAAAUUAA